UCUGAUGUCUUUGCUUUCCCUGCAGGCUGUGCUCAGAAAAACAGCACUUCAUGUGAAGAGUGCCUGAAGAAUGUCUCUUGUCUGUGGUGCAACACCAACAAGGUGUGCUUGGACUACCCGGUCAGAAAGAUCCUGCCACCUGCCUCUCUCUGCCAGCUGAGUUCCGCACGUUGGGGGAUUUGCUGGGUGAACUUCGAGGCGCUGAUCAUCACCAUGUCUGUGCUGGGUGGUUCCGUCGUGCUGGGCAUCUCCGUGGCCUGCUGCUGCUGCUGCUGCAGGAGAAAGAGGAGCCGUAAGCCCGAUAAGAGCGAUGAGCGGGCCAUGAGGGAGCAGGAGGAGAGGCGAGUCCGGCAGGAGGAGAGAAGAGCAGAGAUGAAGUCAAGACAUGAUGAAAUCAGAAGAAAAUACGGUUUGUUUAAAGAGAAAAACCCAUAUGAGAAGUUUUAAGACAACUCGCGCGCACUUUGGACAGUUCAGGCGACCCUGGAGUGUCCUGUGGGGACACCUCGCGCUCUUGCUGCCCCUGGCCCAAAUGACUUUUCGGACUGGCCGGGGGCUGCCCCCAGGACAAUCCCCUCUUCCACAAGCCUGUGGCCUCCGUCCUCAGUCACACCAGGCUGGACGGGGUCACACUGCUCCUUGCAGCUGGUUCCGGGCAGAGCUUGGCACCCGCGCUGCCACUUCCUAUCCUCUCUGCGUCACUGGGGGGCCGGGGCCUGUCACCGUGUCACGGGAACAGUGGUGUGGUGUCCCUGUGCCCCACGCACAUUGUGUAGUGUGGAAGAGCCAGAAACAGUUUCACCAAAAGAGGCUCUUUAUGUGAAAUUCAGGCUCCUUUGGGGGGAAUUUUGUAUUCGUCUUUAACGGACCGUGAAAGGGGCUGGGGAUUUAGCUCAGUGGUUCCUGCCACCUGCCUCACUAAGUGUAAGGACCCGAGUUCAAUCCCUGGUACAAAACAAAACAUCACGAAAGCACAUUUCCCCACUGAAACUUAGAUUGUAGCUGUGGUCAGAACACCCCACCGCCCCUCUGGGGUCCCUCCCAGCAGUGUGGAUGGAAGUGUUGUCCCCAGGGUCCCUGUACCCCGCCUGCCCACUCUGGGAUCCUGGGGGACGGCAGGUAUGCUCCGAGGAAGAAGGGCUGUGCCCUGCACAGGCCACAGGGAGCAGGCCUAUCCCCACAGACUCGGUUCUGGGCCCAGUGCGCUGUGGGAAGUUGGUAUAGCCUGGGGCCGGGUCCUCCUUGGAAAGUGGCGGGUGGCCAUGGCUCGCAGACCAGCAGUGACCUUCACCAGGCCUUCAGGCCCGUUCUUCGACUUGCGGGGCGCUUGAUAGUAAUUGAAAGUAUUGCGAAACGUUCAUAAGUAUUUUAUAAUAGAAUUUUGCCUUCUCUUUAACUCACAGGAACUUUCUAAUGGACUAAUGAACUUUGUAUUAACACAGCAGCACAAUGUCAAAUCACUUUGAUU